AUGAGCGGGCCUCCUCAUAGAACUACCCGGGUCGUCUCCGUGAUCGCGGGGACUCUGGUAGCUUUGUCCUGCGGCACCAAUUAUGCGUACUCGGCAUGGGCACCUCAAUUUGCGCACCAGAUGAAGCUUUCAUCGACUGAGAGUAACUUGAUCGGUGCGGCGGGAAACCUGGGCAUGUAUGCCAUGGGCAUUCCCAUGGGCCUGUUGACGGAUGCUCGUGGUCCGCGACUGAUCACCCUGGUCGGUUCGAUCUUACUCGCUCUUGGAUAUUACCCCAUCUAUCUCUCUUAUCAACACGGAGAGGGGUCGGUGCCAAUCAUCCUCCUCUGCUUUUUUGCCUUCUUGACUGGUACAGGUGGUUGCUCGGCCUUUUCAGGCGCCAUCAAGACCGCUGCAUCCAAUUUUCCAGACCACCGCGGCACUGCAACGGCAUUUCCGUUGGCAGCCUUUGGGCUGAGCGCUCUGUUCUGGUCAAAUAUCUCGACACUCAUUUUCAAGGACGACACGGGUCGCUUCCUACUUCUCUUGGCCCUCGGCACCUCUCUUCUUUCGCUGUGCUCGAUCCCAUUCCUUCGGAUAUUGCCUACAGAGCCCUACUCAUCACUUCCUCCAUCUAAUGAUUCAGAGCCAGUCGAGUCUCGCCGAAUGCGCCGACCCAGCAAUGCGCCUGAAAACUACGACGACCAUAAUUCCACUGCUUUCGCCCAUGCGCAAUCUGCGCACGCGCGCACGCAAUCAGUCGUUUCCAAUCACCGUCCUGGAGGCUACGGUGCUGAGAACGAUGAGACAUCCUCAUUGGUCUCUAAGCCAGAUGGCAGACCAUCUUUCGAUACCCUUAGCGAUGAUUUCCUGGGCGACAUGGCAAUGGAGGCCCAUCAUCCAGAUAUUCGCGGCCUGGCAAUGCUCCGUUAUGUUGAGUUCUGGCAGUUAUUUCUAACGAUGGCCCUGUUGUCGGGAAUUGGACUAAUGACAAUCAAUAACAUUGGUAACAGUGCCAAGGCUUUGUGGCUCUAUUAUGAUGACAGUGCCACCUCAAAGUUUAUUCAACAACGACAGGUCAUGCACGUUUCCAUCCUCUCAUUUGGAAACUUUUUGGGACGGCUUUCUAGCGGAAUUGGAUCUGACAUCCUAGUAAAGAAGCUCAACAUGUCUCGCUUCUGGUGCCUUUUCAUCUCCGCGACUGUCUUUACCCUGACUCAACUUGCAGGCUCCUCUAUCUCUAACCCUAACACCCUGGUCGUCGUUUCUGCAUUCACUGGCGUCGCAUACGGUUUCCUGUUUGGUGUCUUCCCUGCCUUGACAGCGCAUACCUUUGGCAUCGGCGGUCUUUCGCAGAACUGGGGUGUUAUGACACUCGCCCCGGUGUUCAGCGGAAAUAUUUUCAAUCUUCUAUAUGGCACAGUCUACGAUCGCCACUCCGUCAUCGGCCAUGAUGGUGAUCGUGAGUGUCCCGACGGCUUAGCAUGUUACCGCUCCGCUUACUACCUGACAUUCUUCUCUGGCCUGGCUGGCAUUGGUGUCUGUUUGUGGAGCAUCUUUCGCGAGAAGCGAGUCCACAGUGCGAAUUGGAAGAAGGAUCACCGGAUCGCAUAA